CGGCGUUCGGCCCCACGCAAAAGAUACCAAGUUUUGCUAGUAGAACCAUAAAAAUAAUUAAUACCUGAAGUCUCAAUGUAUGGACAUUAACAGUGAUGACAAAUAAAUACAGACGUUUGGGAUUCAGAUACUAGGCGAAACACUUUUAAAAAGGCUUUUAAGAAACACAUGUACAGGAUCUUUUCUGUCUUAUUACUGUAGAACUCAGCUGAGUUUAGAAGGUUCUAGUAUUCUCCAUGGCUGAAGCUGAGAGUCUGAAACCCUGAUGCUUAAGCUCUAUUCUAGAUCAUAGCGCCAGCUCCUUCAGGAUAUAAGGAAAAGAGAUAAUAUUUCCACAAUAAUAGAUCUUUGGUUAUAUAGGUUUCCCAAUGAGUGGAUCAUGAUGACCGUAAUGUAGGGACUUGCCAUAGUAUGGCUGCUUCCCGAUCUACUCGUGUUACAAGAUCAACAGUGGGGUUAAACGGCUUGGAUGAAUCUUUUUGUGGUAGAACUUUAAGGAAUCGUAGCAUUGCUCACCCUGAAGAAAUCUCUUCUCAUUCUCAAGUAUGAUCAAGAUCACCAAAGAAGAGACCAGAGCCUGUGCAAAUUCAGAAAGGAAACAACAAUGGAAGAACCACUGAUUUAAAACAGCAAAGUACUCGGGAGUCAUGGGUAAGCCCUAGGAAAAGAGGACUGUCUUCUUCAGAAAAGGAUAACUUAGAAAGGCAGGCUGUAGAAAAUUGUGAGAGAAAGCAAACAGAACCUGUUUCACCAGUUUUAAAAAGAAUUAAGCAUUGUCUUAGAUCUGAAGCACCAAACAGUUCAGAGGAAGAUUCACCUAUAAAAUCAGACAAGGAGUCGGUAGAACAGAGGAGUACAGUAGUGGACAAUGAUGCAGAUUUUCAAGGGACGAAACGAGCUUGUCGAUGUCUUAUACUGGAUGAUUGUGAGAAAAGGGAAAUUAAAAAGGUGAAUCUCAGUGAGCAAGGGCCACUUAAUUCUGCAAUAGUUGAAGAAAUCACAGGCUAUUUGACUGUCAAUGGUGUUGAUGACAGUGAUUCAGCUGUUAUAAACUGUGAUGACUGUCAGCCUGAUGGGAACACUAAGCAAAAUAGCACUGGUUCCUAUGUGUUGCAGGAAAAAUCAGUAACUGAAAAUGGGGAUUCGGAAACCCAAACUUCAAUGUUCCUUGACAGUAGGAAGGAGGACAGUUACGUAGACCAUAAUGUGCCUUGCACAAAUUCAGAAGUGCAGGUCAAGUUGGAGGACCACAAAAUAGUAACUGCCUGCUUGCCUGUGGAACAUGUUAAUCAGCUGACUGCUGAGCCAGCUACAGGCCCUGUUUCUGAAAUUCAGUCAUCUUUAAGGGAUUCUGAGGAAGAAGUAGAUGUGGUGGGAGAUAGCAAUGCCUCAAAAGAGCAGUGUAACGAAAACACCAAUAACGUCCUGGACACAGCUCUUGAAAGUACACCAGUCUCUGGAGAAUCGGAACCAUCUUCUGUUCUAGACUGUGUUUCAGCUCAAAUGAUGUCUUUAUCAGAACCUCAAGAACAUCGCUAUACCUUGAGAACUUCACCACGAAGGGCGGUACCCAGAGGUAGUCCCACUAAAAACAGUUCUCCUUGCAGAGAAAAUGGACAAUUUGAGGAGAAUAAUCUUAGUCCCACUGAAACAAAUCCAACUGUUAGUGAUAAUGUAAGUGAGUCUCUCACAAAUCCUGAUGAAAUUUCUGAAAAUGAAAAAGAUAAAUGUUGUGACUCUCAAAAUUACAGAAGUGAUGGACUAAGUAAGCCACCCUCAGAAGCAAGACUCAAUAUUGGACAUUUGCCAUGCAAAGAGAGUGCCAAUCAGCACAUUACAGAAGAGGAAGAUGAUGAUCCUGAUGUUUAUUACUUUGAAUCAGAUCAUGUGGCACUGAAACACAACAAAGAUUAUCAGAGACUGUUACAGACAAUUGCUGUACUCGAGGCUCAGCGUUCUCAAGCAGUCCAAGACCUUGAAAGUUUAGGCAAACACCAGAGAGAAGCUCUAAAAAAUCCCAUUGGAUUUGUGGAAAAACUCCAGAAGAAGGCUGAUAUAGGGCUUCCAUAUCCACAGAGAGUUGUUCAGUUGCCUGAAAUUGUAUGGGACCAAUAUACCAUUAGCCUUAGAAACUUUGAAAGGGAAUUUAAAAAUCGUAAAAGACGUACUAGGAGAGUUAAACUAGUUUUUGAUAAAGGUUUACCCGCUAGACCAAAAAGUCCUUUAGAUCCUAAGAAGGAUGGAGAGUCUCUUUCAUACUCUGUGUUGCCUUUGAGUGAUGGUCCGGAAGGCUCACACAGUCGCCCUCAUAUGAUAAGAGGCCGCCUUUGUGAUGAUAUCAAACCACAAACAUUUAACCAACUGUGGACUGUUGAAGAACAGAAAAAACUUGAACAGCUACUCCUGAAAUACCCUCCUGAAGAAGUAGAAUCUCGACGCUGGCAGAAGAUAGCAGAUGAACUGGGCAAUAGGACGGCAAAACAGGUUGCGAGCCGAGUACAGAAGUAUUUCAUAAAGUUAACUAAAGCUGGCAUUCCAGUCCCAGGCAGAACACCUAACUUAUAUAUAUACUCCAAAAAGUCUUCAUCAAGCAGAAGACAGCACCCCCUUAAUAAGCAUUUCUUCAAACCUUCCACGUUCAUGACUUCUCAUGAACCACCAGUGUAUAUGGAUGAAGAUGAUGACCGAUCCUGUUUUCACAGCCAUAUGAACACUGCUAUUGAAGAGGCAUCAGAUGAAGAAAGUAUUCCUAUUAUGUAUAGGAAUUAACCUGAAUAUAAAGAACUACUACAGUUUAAAAAGUUAAAGAAGCAGAAACUUCAGCAAAUGCAGGCUGAAAGUUGAUUUGUGCAGCAUGUUGGCUUCAAGUGUGAUAACUGUGGCAUAGAACCUAUCCAGGGUGUUCGGUGGCACUGCCAGGAUUGUCCUCCAGAAAUGUCUUUGGAUUUCUGUGAUUCUUGUUCUGACUGCCUACACGAAACAGAAAUCCACAAGGAAGAUCACCAAUUAGAACCUAUUUAUAGGUCAGAGACAUUCUUAGACAGAGACUACUGUGUGUCCCAGGGCACCAGUUAUAAUUACCUUGACCCAAACUACUUUCCAGCAAACAGAUGACAUGGAAGAGAACAUCAUUUCCUAGUCCUCUUCAGCACAUAGCAAUGGUAUCAUUGUUAAGUAUGUGCACAGUUUGGAAAGAUUCUCUGCUUUCCCUGAAGUGACACUCACAGCAUGAGAGCUUCCCGAGUGUUCUCGUCAAGUACAGCCCUGCACGGUUGGGGCUCUAGAUCACUAUCCAGCAGCUGAACAUUCCUGGUGAGCAAAGGGUUUCCCUGGGGAAUUCCUCACCACCACCUUGAAAGCCUUUAGGUGGUGAUCUUAAAUGUGCGAGAUGGAAACGAGAGCACACAUUAAAGUGAGAGUAAAUUCCAAAGGUUUCAGAGAACUUGAUCACAGAUAUGAUA